AUGAACAACGUCAAUAUAUCUACUAACAUCCUCUCUACUGAGAGAGCGGCCCCUCUUGCUCCGGACACUUCAUUGCUGGAUAGAGUCAAACCAGCUCCCACAGGACCACGCUCCAACAUUCCCAAUAAUAGGCCAUAUCCUACCAAGCCUACCAUUACACAGUCAGCCUUCGCUCGCUCGCCAUUUACAAAGCCUGUGUUUGGUCAAACUGCGUUCUCGCAGCCGACCCUUAAGCAAAAUACCUCCGCCGGCAUGGCUCCAACCUGGCCCCGUCACAGCCAACCCUUUGCUACUUCGAAAUGUUGA